CCUUGCACCUCACACUCACACCAUGGUUCGCUACGUUGCCUCGGUCGAUGCGCUAGCUGUUGCGGCAGCGAAGGAUGCGGCUCUGCCCAAGGUUGUCCUCAUCGGAACACAGGAGACGCCUGGUCUUGAACUUAUCACUCGCGUCGUGGUACGCCUGACUGGAUCACCCGUGGACCCGGUUGCCGCGCAAAUCCUGGCGCAUGCCGUCAUGGAACUCGCGCCCACGCCUGACGUCUCGGCCUCGACACAUGUCUAUCUUCCCGUUGGAAAUGGAAAGACUGACGUCGUGAGCGUGACUGUGGCUCAACUUCCGACGCAUGUAUCCCGCUACAACACUCCCGCUCGUCCGCAUGCGAUCAGUGAACUCGUGAAAGCGAAUGCAUCGUCUGGCGCUGUCGUGGUUGCGCUGUCGUUGCCAGACCACGACUUUACCUUCGAAGCCGCGGCGUUUGGUGUUGCAAAGGGAAUUCCGGCGUAUGCACACAAGAGCAACUCCCCUUUCCGUGGGGUCGUCACCGACGGAUUCGCCACGUCGUUUCCGCCAGACGACGUACAAGUCGUGUUCCAUGAAGCCCUCACGGAGUGUCAAGUGUCUUACUUGAACCAUACAGCGGCAUCCAUUCACUUGACCCAGCGUCUCGUGGAUGCUCCGGCGAACGAACUGAACACGGACACGUUUGUCGCAGAGGCCCGUGCUGUUGCCGCGCGCACGGGAGCAGCCGUCAAGGUGAUCCGUGGCGAAGAACUGCGCGAGCAAGGCUUUGGCGGGUUGUAUGGGGUCGGCAAGGCGGCGGCGCACCCCCCCGCAUUAGUCGUCCUUUCGUACUACCCUCCAUCCACUGAUGCCACGACCGGCAGCGUGGCAUUGGUGGGCAAAGGGAUCGUCUACGAUACGGGUGGGCUCGACUUGAAGCUGUCCGGCGCGAUGCAGGGCAUGAAGGACGAUAUGGGUGGUGCCGCGGGUCUUUUAGGAGGUUUCCAGGCCGCCGUCUUGUCGCGCACAAUCACGGCGCGUCCGUUGCAUGUGGUGCUCUGUCUGGCGGAAAACGCCAUCGGCCCGUUGGCCACGCGUCCCGACGACAUCCACACGUUUUACUCGGGAAAGACUGUGGAAGUGAACGACACGGAUGCCGAAGGCCGCCUUGCCCUCGGAGAUGGCGUCGCGUACGCUGUCAAGCACCUGAACCCAAGCCUCCUCGUCGACAUGGCAACCUUGACCGGCGCGCAAGGCCUCACAACGGGACAGCGCAUUGCGUCCGUCUACGCCAACACGAACGAAGCGGAGGCGUGGGCUGUGGCCGCUGGCCGUCGAUCCGGCGACCUCGUGCACCCUGUGCCGUACUGCCCCGAGUUUUUCCGCCCCGAGUACAAGAGCGAAGUGGCUGACAUGAAGAACUACAUGGCCAACACGAAGAACGCCGGCGUGAGCUGCGCCGGUCAAUUCAUCGGGAACCACCUGGGCGAGUACGAAACCAACGGCCACUGGAUCCAUGUUGACAUGGCGUACCCGGUGGCGAGCGGCGGUCGUGCCACGGGGUACGGCGUCAGCUUCGUCCAGGCUUUACUUGCCGAGUACAAGUGAGAAGAAAACGGCCAACUCUGCAUUGCUGUGCCUCUUGGCGGCUCAUGUAAUAGCCACGGUUCUGAUGGUUGUCGCGAUGUCGUUUUGGGGGAAUCGAUCGUCAUCGGCACACUCAACUGAGUCGCAUGGGCGACUUCACGGUGGAUGGUGACCACGGCGCAAUUGGGUUUGGUUGAGAAUUCGUCGAUGCCGAGGGUUACGCACUUGAGUGACGUCCGCACUCAGCGGCAACAGACGCAAGGGCGAUCAUGCCAUGCACGAAUUCAACGGGAAAGCAUCGCAUACACUUCGGACGGAGUUCGGUGCAGGAUGCGAAUGCUGGCCAACAGAUCUUUGCCAGCGGGGACGCACGUAUUCCCUCGAGCACGACAGGGCACCCCAGCUUUCGAUUGCACCUUUCUCAACACUCAAUCGGCAGCCAGCGACGACGGACUGUCCAUGGCCGUCUGUUGUCUGCAGCGCAACCAAGGCACGAUGUGCCCCAGCAUGUUUUAGGGCCGGUCCACGUUGAGAAAAUGCACAAGGGGCUGCAGCAGUCGUCUUGCCACGGCAUAGAAUCGCAUGUCGUGAUGCAUGCUCGGGUAGAAGGCCGCUGUGCAUGUUCGAAUCCAUGCCAACCUCCACCGACUUUCGUAUAUCUAUCGGCUCG